UGUUUAUGGACUCGGCAGUGCCCAAUACAGGGAGCAAGCACCUUCUUCACGCGUCCCUAAUGGUCUUGCCUGCAACCUGGAGCGAGAGAUGCGUGUGGGAGGUCUUGAGACAAGUCUCCAAAGUGUGAGGGAGGACGUGUCUGAGGUAAAGCAGGAUGUGUCCGGAAUGAAGCAGGAGUUUGCAUCAACAAGAGAUGCAAUCAAUCAGCUCCUCCAAAUGCUUCGUCCCCCACAAGCACCUACUGAACAGACUUCUGCUCAGCCCCAAGCCCCAACUCCUCAGCCUUAAGUAGGUUCCUGUCUUCUCUUUUGUAACAAAGCUCAUCAAACUCUAGCUCAUCUUUUGUAGAGUCUUCUUAGAGUCUUUAAAACUCUUCUCCCUUGUAAAAUUAUCUAUGUUUGUGUAAUAUUGAACCUACUCUUUUAUAUAUAUGCAAUUUCUGUUUAAUUAUAUGUGCAAUGUUUUAAUAUUUGAAUGGAAAUAUAAAUUGUUGAAUUUGACAAAUUAAAACAAAUCAAAGAGGAAAACCAUUUACAAAAAUGGUUAUAUAAUAGCCACAGAUAGAAAGUGGCUUUAACGUGGCUAACCAUUACCACGUGAAUGAAAAACAAAACCGUGGCUUUUUAAAGCCACGAAUACAUAGUGGCAAUACUGUGGCAAACCCAGUUUUUAAAGCCACUAAAAGUAGCCACACUAAAGAAGUUAUUACCGUGACUAUUAAAGCCACAAAAAAAAGCGUGGCUACUAGCCACAAUAAGCCAUGUUUUUAUUCCAGCCACGACUCUAAAACCGUGGCUCUUUUCUCCCUAGCCACGAAUUUCUCUUCUAUAGCCACGAAGUAGUAGUGGCUAUGCGGUAGUUUUUUACUAGUGAAAACCUUUUUUUUUUUUUUUUGAACAACUACUAGUGAAAACCUAAAAUCAUUAAUUCCAUUUUUCUCUCAAGUCGUUUUUUGGUUUCUCAUUUAUAGGUAGAAGAUUUAUAUAAUAAACCUUUUCUAAAUCUCCAGAUCCGAUGAGAGGUGUACAAGUAAAAUUAACCUUUAUGAAAAAAGAAAAAUAGACUGUUAAAAAAAAAGAGGAUCUUCAUAAAUGAAUAUGCUGACGAUCAAGAAGCAUAAAUAAUAUUGUAAAAGUAAUAAAUAAGCUUCACAAAUUAUAUUCUAAGCAGGCAUACACAUCAUAUAUAGGGAACAAGUGUUUAAAGAGAGAGCAAUGGCUUAAAUAUCAAAAAAUCAGACGAUACAACAAAACCUAAAAUCAUUAGUGCCAUUUUUCUCUCAAGUCGUUUUUGGGUUUCUCAUUUAUAGGUAAAAGAUUAUAUAACCUUUUCUAAAUCUCCAGAUCGAUCCGAUCGCUUCAUAGAUUCAAGAAACUUUUUGCACCAGAAAAAUUACAGGUUCUCUUCCAUCUCCCUUCUUUUUUGUUUGAAUCUCUCAAGACUUAUAACAUACAUGCAUGUGAGUGCUUGCUGUUGGUGAUGAUAAACUGGUUUUCAAGUUAGAUAUUUUAAUCUGGCCAGUCCCUAAUUUUCUUGCGAAAAUGAAAUGGGGAUUCGAGUUUUGUAUAUUUUUCCUACGUUUUCUUGGAACUGAAACACUCAAAAUAUAUAUAUAUUUUGGUAAUACUCAAAAUAUUGAUCAACUUUUCAAAAGAUUUUGAGGCAGAGAGGGACCACUCAAUACUCUCACUUUUCCACUCUUUCCCUCUUUGCUUUCUGCUAAGUAAAGUAAUUAUCUAGCUUUUCGAACAGAUUAGACGUAACUUAAACAUAAUUAAAACCUCAAUUUAUGGGUAAUGAUUAUAUAUAGAUAUGUAGUGCUAGUAAUUAAGACCCAUGCCAGAUAUACUAGGUGCGUGUUCUUCUCUUCUCUAUGCGUCAUUUAUAAGCUUUUCUCUUUUCAGUUUCCGUAUAUAACAAUAAAACAUAUUAUGUAACUUUCUUUUUUAACAAACACGAUGUAAACCUUCAGUAAAAGAAUAAUUACUUGUGAUGAGCGUAGCGUAGGACUAGAAUAAUUAUUUACUUUUGUACUUUAAUAUUAAAGGUAGUUUUUCAAUUUAGGGUAUUAAUAGUUUACGGAUUUAACUUUCUUGCAAAUAUGUUGUUUAGAUGUGGUUUAAUUUACAACAAAACUAAUAACUUUGGAAUUUAUCUUAAGUCUACUUCAUCACCAUAUGCAAUAGAAAAUUGAUACCUCCUAUCAAUUUCAAAGAUGAAUCUUUGUUUUAUUUUCUUACAUAUAGUAAGGAAUAUAAAAAUAAUAUAUAUAUAUAUAUAUAGUAAGGAAUAUGUUUUAAUAUUAAUAAUAACAUCCUCACUGUUUUUUUUUUUCAAAAUUACAUUUGAUUAAUUUGGGUAAAUUGGAAAAAACAAAUUAAGAUAUGUAGCUUUAGUAAAAGGCAUGGUUUUGAAAACCGGACCGGCCGGUUGAACCAGUCUGACUGUGAUUCGUUGAAAAAGCCGAAUCCAGUUUGGUUUGAAAUUCGGAUUUGAAAAGAACCGGCAAAAAACCGGUAAACCUGGUGACCUGGGUCAACUUCAAAAUCUGGUUCUAAAAGAUUAACAUAUAAUUAAUAUAUUUUCAGUUGUUAUUAAAAUUUAAUUAAUAUUUCAAAAUCAAAGUUUUACUAUCACUAUUUAAUUAGUUUUUUAAUUUUAUUUCAAUGUAGAAAAAUAUUUUUAGAUCUCAUAUACUAUUCUUAUUUUGCCAUAUUUUUAAAAAUUGAAAUUUUAAUAGUAAGAAUAAAUAAAUACGGUAAUCUGAACGGUCACGCAUUUGGUUUUAUCAAUUUCAGUUUACAUACUGUUCACUUUAUCGUAUAUAUAGCUAGAUUUAUGUUUAUUGUUUAUUUUUGUAAUUAAUAAAAGAGCUACUUUGUUUUAGGUCUUUAUGGUGUAAAUAUAUAAUUAUAUAUAUUUAAUUCUGAAAAACAUAAAACCCGGUUCGACCGGUUGAACCGGUCUAACCAGUCAAUCGGCAGCUAUACCACGUCGGUAUUCGGUCCAGUUUUCAAAACAAUGGUAAAAGGAGUAUUAUUAUUUGUAUUGAUGAUAUAUCAUAAAAUCAUAUCGACUUACGGUUGGUCCCUUACUUUUUUGCCAUGUUCGGAACUACACUAUAUGUGCUAGUCUGACGGUAAUUCCGGGUCUAGCGACUUACCGAAAAAUUAGGGAUUAAGCGGGAUAUAUACUUGGAGCCUAGUUUUUAUAUUUUUUAAUUAUAAAUAUGCAAAUAUAUAGUAAUACAUGUAAAAUUAAGACAUUUGGACGACAUAGUCCGGUGGUUUGUGACACCUUUGUUGCUUACUGGUACAGGGUUCGAUUCUUGGGCGUUACAAUCUUUUUAUGUCUUAUAUUUGAUUUUUUAGCGUAAUAUAAGAUACAGUCUCUUAGCUUUUAACUAAAAAAGCCAAGAAACUUCUCUUAAAUAAGAGACCCAACCUAAGAGACCUACAAUAAACAUGCUCUUAGAAUCUCCUAUAAAUACAUAGACGAAGUCUCAUUUCAUUUAAAAUUAUUGGGCUUGUUUUUAUGGCCCAAACAUUUUUAAAUAAGUCCAAUAUUUUUGGUUUUGAUCCGCUUAAAAUGCGAUUAAUCGGAUCAUUAAGUGAUUAUUCGAGUUUCUGACUAGCUUAACUGAUUGUACCAAAAUCACGGCGGUUACCCUCUGUCGGACGCCUAUUCGGCUAGGUGGCCGAGUUUUAGAACAUGUUUUUUUUUUGUUAUAAUAUAUAUCCUAAAAAAUGCAAUUAAAUUGUUGGCGUGAAGUGGACCUGUGAAGCUAUAAAAGAAAAAUCAAGUUUGCUUUUUCUUCAAGCUAAAAUUAAAUAAAGGGAAACGAUUUCUGAAUUUCUGGUAAAAAAGAAAACAAAAAUAAAGGCAAAAAGCGUAGGUGAUGUCGCUGAUAGCAUUUACAAUUUGCUCACUUGCAAAAGAUUCUUUAGCCCAGUAAUGCACGUACACGUUUCAUUUGGAGUGCAAAUUGUAUACAAUGAUCCCCCAAAAUCAAGGAUUUUUCCAUAACAUGUUUCCCUUUUUAUCUUCACUUUAAGCUUUCGUUUCCCUCUCAACUGAAAGUUUCCUGGCCGCUUCUUAGUUAUUGGGUUUUUAGUUAAAAGGAUUCUUCCUUUUUCAGAGAUUUUGAUACUUUUAUUUUGCUUAACAUUUUGAUAAUCAUUAGUUAAUAUUCCAUUUUCAUUAGUACGAUCUAUUUUAGUUAUUUAAGAUUUCUAUAUUACUCGUUUGUUACUCAUUAAAGGUUGAGGGUGCUUCGGAAGUUUUAUCAGACUAGCUAGCUCGAGAAAGAGAAGAGGAAAUUCUUUGGAUUUAAUUAAGAGCUUUUAUCUGUUUUACUCUGGUUUGUGAUUCCUUACACUUAAAAUGUUUCAUAUUAGUUACUGCUAAAUCUUGAAUUUUGGGAAUUCAAUAGUAUAUAUGUUUGAAUCUUGAUAUAUAUUUUUUUCUUAUUGAAUCUAGCAUGUGUGAUAACUUUCAUGUUUUUAGGUUUUUUUAUACGUGGAUGUUUUUAGUUCAAAAUAUAUAAUUUACUGAUAAUCUCCCGAAGACCGUGAGUGAGAUUGGCGAUUGAUGGUAUUAAACAGCUUAUUUUCCAAAUAUUUUUGAUAUUCCAAUGUCGUGAAGAAGAGAAUCUGCUAAGUUUAAAUACCAAUGGAGACCGGUGCAAGCAGUGACAACAAUGGCUAUGAAGUAAUCAAGAAUGGCUCAUGGUUUAUCCAAUUUCGUAAUGGCUACAAUCCAUGGAUGGCUAGAUAUUUGUAUGGUCUAAUGUUCCUCUUGGUGAAUCUGCUAGCUUGGGUUGUCCGUGAUUAUGGCCGAGGUGCCUUGACAGAGAUGAAAAAAUUUAAGAAUUGUAAAGAUGGGCUAAACUGUUUAGGGACUGAAGGAGUUUUACGGGUUAGCUUGGGAUGUUUUCUAUUUUAUUUCAUUAUGUUUCUCUCAACCGUCGCUACGUCAAAGACGCAUUCAUCAAGAGAUAAAUGGCAUUCAGGAUGGUGGUUUGCUAAGCUUCUAAUGUGGCCUGGAUUAAUCAUAUUCCCUUUCUUGCUGCCUUCUUCUAUCAUUGACCUUUACGGGGAGAUUGCACAUUUUGGUGCAGGGGUCUUUCUCUUGAUACAGCUUAUUAGUAUCAUCAGUUUCAUUACAUGGCUCAAUGAAUUUUUCCUAUCCCAAAAAGACGCAGAGAGAUGCCAUGUCCAUGUGAUGCUACUAGCAACUAUUGCGUAUACCUUAUGCAUAUUAGGUGUGAUUUUGAUGUACAUAUGGUAUGUGCCUGAUCCAUCAUGCCUUCUCAACAUAUUUUUUAUCACAUGGACUUUGUUCCUAAUCCAACUCAUGGCAAGUAUCUCUCUACAUCCCAAAAUAAAUGCUGGAUUCUUGACUCCCUCGCUUAUGGGGCUUUAUGUCGUUUUCAUCUGCUGGUGCGCCAUUAGAAGUGAGCCAGUAGGAGAAAUUUGCAACAGAAAUGCUGAAUCUUCUAGCAGAACGGACUGGCUUACCAUCAUAAGCUUUGUGGUUGCACUGCUUGCGAUGGUAAUCGCGACAUUCUCCACGGGAGUAGAUUCACAAUGCUUUCAGUUUAGAAAAGAUGAGAACCAAGAAGAAGACGCGAUUCCUUACGGAUACGGAUUCUUCCAUUUUGUGUUUGCUACGGGAGCAAUGUACUUUGCAAUGCUACUUAUUGGUUGGAAUAUUCAUCAUUCCAUGAAAAGGUGGACUAUUGACGUUGGGUGGACAAGUACUUGGGUUAGGAUAGUAAACGAAUGGCUUGCGGUUUGCAUUUACAUUUGGAUGUUGGUGGCUCCAAUGGUACUGAAGAACAGACAAACAACAUAAGAGCUACUUGUCACCUCUCUGUAUUAGUAAAACCAGACAGAUGUUUUCACCAUCAGUUUGGAUCUGACCAGAAAAAUAGAUAGAAUAUUAUGAUUGGGGAAUUUUGUUAAAUCAUAUGUUUGUAUUUGUGUAGGAUACAAGCUAUUGAUUAAUAUUAAGUUAUUAACUGUGACCCUCAUGGGGGUUUCUAUUAUACAUCUUUAUUUA